UUCCUGUUACUGCCUGAUGGACUCGUCCAGCUGCCACCUGCUGCUGGACCAGCCGGGCUCGUACGCCCUGGUGGGCGAGCCGCUGACGCAGGCUGCCGUGAAGAGGCUAAAGCUGGCGGUGUUCGGGAGCAUGGACGCCGGCUCCAUGAGCUACAGCCUGCGGGUUUACUGUGUGGACGACACGCCGCAUGCCUUUCAGGGAGUGGUGGCUGCAGAGAAAACCAGAGGGGGUCAGCUCCUCGAGGAGCCAAAGAUGUUGCCUUUCCGAGCGAACACCUUCAGCCUGCAGGUGUCCAUCCAGGAUGUUCCCCAGUUCCUGUGGAGCAUCAAACCCUUUACCACAUGUCAGGAAUUCUCCUUCCCCCAAGUGUGGUGCAGCAACCAGCAGCCCCUGCACUGUGCCUUCUCUCUGGAGAGAUACAGCCCCGCCACCACGCAGCUCUCCUGCAAAAUCAGCGUACGCCAGGUCAAAGGCCACGAGCAGAUCCUGCAGGUCUACACGGCCGUGGACGAGACUGAAAAGGAGUCAGUUCCAUUUUUUAUGCAGACAGACUGCACCGUCACAUCCCAGACGGGGCCCAAGGCCUUCAAAAUCCCUCUGUCCAUCCGCCAGAGGAUCUGCGCCACCUUCGACACUGCCAACGCCAAGGGCAAGGACUGGCAACUCUUAGCCCAGAAACUCCACUUAGAUCGAAACCUGGGUUUUUUUGCCAAGCAGCGGAGUCCAUCUGCAGUCAUACUGAGCCUGUGGGAGGCUCGCCACCAGGACACUGCUGACCUUGACUCUCUUGCCAGCGCCUUGGAGGAGAUUGGCAAGAUCCACUCCAAAAGCUCCCCUAAGGACCAGGAUGAGCCGGAGUCGGACUUCAAUCACAUACAGGCGGGCAGCCUGUGUGGAAAACUGACAAACGACACGACAGACGACUCUGCCCCCGAAUACACAGGCUGAGGAACGGGGGGAGGAGAGAAAGUGCAGAGUGACAAACAUGUGUCUGUGUACGCACACAGCCCGGGGAUGGACAACACACUGUGGUCCGCUGGAAGGUCGUGAGGUUGUCGGUGAGUAGACGGCGGCGAGCGGCCGACCAAUCACAGCAGGUCGAGGCGAGCCGAUGCCUGCUGUGCAUCAAACCCGCCCCCUC